GCAUCUAGAUCGAGUCUGAGACAAGAGAGAGAAAGAGAAAUUGACUGAAAGGAGAACCCUAGAAAAUGGCGAUGUCUUCGUUCUCGCGGUGGCUCGUAGAUCCAAAGAGGAAUCCUCUCGCCGCUAUCCAUAAGAAAUCCCUCGAUUCUCGCCUCCGCAAAUACGGUCUGAGAUACGAUGAUUUGUACGAUCCGUAUUACGAUCUGGACAUCAAGGAAGCUCUGAAUCGGCUGCCUAAGGAGAUUGUCGAUGCCCGGAACCAGCGUCUCAAGCGCGCCAUGGACCUCUCAAUGAAGCAUCUGUACCUCCCAGAGGACCUUCAGGCAGUGCAGACACCAUUUAGAAACUAUCUUCAGGAAAUGUUGGCCAUUGUGAAGAAAGAGAGAGCAGAACGUGAGGCUUUGGGGGCUCUACCGCUCUAUCAGCGCACAAUUCCUUAAUGCAAUUUUCCUUGUUGUCUUGCUUGCCUUUGCAAUUUUCCUUCUUGUCUUGCUGCCAAUGAAGGCAAGCGUAUAUUCUAUGUAUGGGUAUGGAAGAAUAAGCACAAGUACGGUAUCUAUACAAGAUCUCCAUUUCAAGUCAGAAACUUGUAACUGAUGUCAAACAUGUAUAAGCUCAUCUUUGAUGGUUUCUCCACCGUACUUUAAAAUGUUCAAUACAGAGGCAUUGGGUUUUCCUUUAUUGCUAGUUUUUCCUAUGAUCCAUUCAGCUACUGAGCUUGAUUUUUUUUUUUCUACAAUGAUGACAUGAAAUAAAAACUUUUGCUUUGUGUUCA